AUGUCGACGUUUGGCAAUUACUUCAAGGUCACGACCUACGGCGAGUCCCACGGCAAGUCCGUUGGUGUCAUUGUCGAUGGCGUCCCGCCCGGCAUGGCUCUCACCGAGUCCGACAUUCAGCCCCAGCUCAACCGCCGCCGCCCCGGCCAGAGCGCCAUUACUACGCCCAGAAACGAGAAGGACCGCGUCGUCAUCCAGAGCGGUACCGAGUUUGGCGUCACCCUCGGCACCCCGAUCGGCAUGAUCGUCCAGAACGAGGACCAGCGGCCCCGCGAUUACGGAAACUCCACCAUGGACAUGUACCCCCGCCCCUCCCACGCCGACUGGACCUACCUUGAGAAGUACGGCGUCAAGGCCAGCUCCGGUGGUGGCCGCUCCUCCGCCCGCGAGACCAUCGCCCGUGUCGCCGCCGGCGCCCUCGCCGAGAAGUACCUGCGCGAGGCCUACGGCACCGAGAUCACCGCCUUCGUCACCAGCGUCGGCAACGUCCACCUCUUCCCUCCUACCCCCGAGCACCCGACCCCCUCUACAAACCCUGCCUUCCUGUCGCUCCUCAACACCAUCGACCGCAAGACCGUCGACGAGUUCCUCCCCGUACGCUGCCCGCACCAGGAGACGGCCGACAACAUGAUGAACGUCAUCAAUGACUUCAAGGAGCGCGAGGACAGCAUCGGUGGCACCGUCACCUGCGUCAUCCGCAACCCGCCCUCCGGCCUGGGUGAGCCCUGCUUCGACAAGCUCGAGGCGACGCUCGCCCACGCCAUGCUCAGCAUCCCCGCCACCAAGGGCUUCGAGAUCGGCUCCGGCUUCGGCGGCUGCGAGAUCCCUGGCUCCACGCACAACGACGCCUUCAUCAAGGCCCCCGAGAGCGAGAUCCAGGCCGCUGGCCAGCGCAUGGGCAUCCCUCGCUCCAAGCUGUCCACCAAGACCAACUUCUCUGGCGGUAUCCAGGGCGGUAUCUCCAACGGUGCGCCCAUCUACUUCCGCAUCGCCUUCAAGCCCCCCGCCACCAUUGGCCAGGACCAGACGACUGCUACCUACGACGGUUCAACCGAGGGUGUUCUGGCUGCCAAGGGUCGCCACGACCCCUGCGUCGUGCCCCGCGCCAUUCCCAUUGUUGAGGGCAUGGCUGCCAUGGUUCUCAUGGACGCGCUCAUGGCACAGCACGCGAGACAGCUGACGAGAAGUCUGCUGCCGCCUGUGAAGAAGGAGGCAUAA